AUGGCUACAAAACUGAUGGCAUGCGAACCAUACAAGAAAAACGCAUACUCAGAAGGAGUGACCUUUGACAUCCCUAUUCCGACCCCACCAAUGACACAAGACGUAGAAUAUGACCCAGCUGUUAGUGAGAAAAAGACCCCCAGCAAAGAAUGGGAGCUAGAUGUUCGUUCUCUUAUAUCUACAAAGAAAUGGCUACAAAAUUAUGGCCUCCGAAAAAACAAAAUUAGUCUCAAACAGAUCCUCCCAACCAUCGGAUUCAAACAUAGUGACGAUUAUGACACAUCUUUGAAGCGACCAAUCAGCUCCAGAUACAGCUCAGGAUUAUUUAGUAAAAUAUUUAGUCCAAGUGAUGGUAAAACAUUCAAUGUGACAUGUAGUCGUCAGAUGCUGAAACAGUUGGAAGGGAGAUUACUCCAGGCAAUAGCACUCUACAAAAGGAGGUUAGAAUGGCUGACAACAGAGAGUCGGCGACUGUUUGGUGUGAUUGAAGAAAAGGCGGUGACUAUUGUGUUGGAUAUUCGAAAUAUGUCUCCCCAACAGUUUGACCAGUACAAGAUAGCAUUAGAAAGGGUCAUAUUUGAACAACUCACACAAGUUGCUAAAUUUAACCUUAUUAGAGCUGUCGAUGAUUUGGUUGGAUAUCAGGAGGAAUGUGUUCCUGUGACCUUUGACACGAUACAGGGAGCUGUUGAUUGGGUGUGGUCUUUGGAUCGUCUCCAGUCUGUAUCACGAUCUGCUGCUUGUGAAGCAGUGCUCAAGGCAAUCGCUGACAAAAAUAAUGAAGCUGUUUACCUCUUCACAGAAGGUACCUCCAUAGAUACUUGUAAAGAAAUCAUGAAAGAGAAGGUGAUGGCACUGAAGCGUAAGAUCCCAGUCCAUUGUGUAUCAUAUAACUGUGGAAGUUCUGACACUGUUCGAUUUCUUAGAGAUUUUGCAGCAUGCACAGGUGGCAAGUUUCAUGCGUAUGCUGUAAUCAUGGAGAUGGAUUCCUAUGAAGGUGAGCCCCUUAACCCCCGCACCAACAAGGCUAACAUCCUACUGAAGAAGAAGACCUAUGGAGGCAUACCUCCAGGAUCUGGUAUGAGGGAGGAUGUGAUCCUUCUGUUUGAGGAGCUAGAGGACGCUAAAAACAACCUCUCACAGAUCCAAGCACUUAUGGAGGAAGUACCCGAACCAAAGAUUCAGAUAGACUCUGUGAUAGAGAGGACACCAGACUCGGACCCAGAGGAGCAGUAUAUGAGCUCAAAAGAGUGGCUGAAGAAAUUUGGACUGAGUGCUAGACGGCUUGAAUUAUAUGACGUUCUUGCUGGUGUGGCUUUCAAACAUAUGGAUGGUGUCGUGAAUUUAAAACAGAAACCUGAUCAUAAUACACAGACAGACGCAAUAAACAGACCAAAGUUGAUGAACGCCAAGUACUGCGACAGAUUUCCUGUGGUUCGGUGGAAAGACGGAGGAGUGGUUCACGUACAAGUGACACCUGAAAUCCAUCGUAGCUACGAACAAAGGAUGAAUGUGGCAAUACAGGCCUUCCAUCAGAGGGUGGACUGGCUAAACCAGGGAAGUCGAGCCUUGUUUGGGACAGUAAUUGAGGAUCAGAUCUACAUCCUCAUUGAUACCUCAUCCUCAAUGUCACCCAGUAUACAGUUUGUCAAGGAUAAACUCUUCAUCCUCAUGCAGGAGCAACUUCGACACAAGAUGAAGUUUAACCUUGUAGCCUUCAACUCCAAAGCCAUAACUUGGCAGAACCGCCUGGUGGAGGUGAACGAACAGAGUCUGAAGGGAGCGUGGAAGUGGAUCCAGGGAUUAAGCUGUUGGGGGUCAACCAAUACCUAUGCUGCCCUCCAGUUUGCCAUUUCUGACCCUGGUACCCAGGCAAUCUACCUGCUAACUGAUGGUCGACCUGACCAGCCUCCCCGGUCCAUCAUAGCCCAGGUACAGAUGCAGCACUGUGUCCCUGUGCACACUAUCUCAUUUAACUGUAAUGACACAGAGGCUAAUCAGUUCCUGUGUGACCUUGCUCGUAACACUGGAGGUCGCUACCAUUACUUCUCUGAGAAGGGCAAACUUGACCAGGACCAGCCUGCCUCUUGGGAGAGUGAAGAUAUCCGCCUGCUGAAGGAAGAAGCUACUCGAGGAAGAGAAAGUCUUGACAAGGUGGAAGAACUCCGUGAUGAGUGUUCCAAUCUCUCCUGGAAGAAGGAAGUAGAGUCCCUAAAAAGGUGCUCCAGGAAUCAUGUGAAAUCUUCAUCAGAGCGUGUAUCAGCAGUCCCAUCCCUUAACACUAAAGAUCUGUAUAGAACCUCCACACCUCCGCCCCCGAGACCACUGAGUGCCUCACUGGAUUCCCCUCUGAUGUCUCCUGCCCCACCCAAACAGUCUCGUGCAUCUUCAGCCUACAGGUCUGUCAGCUCAUCCCUUGACUUUCAGCGUCCAAAGUCAGCCGUCCCAACAAGUGGAUCAAAAACAGAACGUAGUCCUCUUUCAGCAAGUCAUACCAGGACUAGUCUACUACGCACUCUGAACAGCACCGGUAACUUCUCCCCCGAGGAAUGGCUUCUUCCAGAGACCCGUCAGUUGUUUGAGAAACAGGCAGUACGACAGAAACAGCUUGCAAUAGAUGAAACCAGAAAGUCUAAUAACAGAAGGAGUAAGAUUAAGAAAGGCCUGAAGCCACAUGCAAUGUCCUCCAAGAUGUGGAUUACCAAACAUGGGCUGGUGGCCAAAAAGCUUACUAUACUGGACGCACUCGCUCCUACCUUCGUCUCACAUAGUGCCAAGUAUGUACCGAUCUUGGACAAACAUGUGGUAGCCAAGGUGUUUGAUGGGGUUUUGCCACUAGCACAUGUGUCAUCUCGCAACAAGCAGAAAAUCACGCUGGUCAACCCAAUGGCAGUUGACCUGAAGGGCUAUGAAGUGAAGGUCCAGUCUGCCAUUGACCUCUACAAAAGACGGCUGGAUAAGUUGGUAUGGGGAGCUCUUCCACAGGAAACCAAGGAUGAAUUGGGAUCUGAGGAGCCAUUAUCAUUUGAGAACAACCGUCUGUUGCUAAUGAAGGCCAUUGAUGCUGCUGGAUGGCCUAUUGAAGAGUCGGACAUCUUACUUCUAGAGGAGGAGAUUGCCAGGGGUCGAAAAUUUCUCAGCCAGUCUGAAGAGCUCCGCAAGAAGUCUGAGUCAAGAAACUCUGACAGCGAGGACGAAGCUCCAGUUUCUAAGAAAAACAGACGGAAACACCGUCAUCGCUCGCGCAACAGCAGCAAUGAGUCUCGCUCCAGUCGGUCAUCAUCAAGGUCAAGUUCUAGGUCAAGGUCAACGUCUCGAUCAGUGUCAAGGAAAGGAUCAGGAGUGAUGAUAUCGGAACAACAUUUAGAUGUGAACUUAGAUGAUGAACUUAAUGUGUAUGAUGAUAAAGCUAGUGUGGUGUCCAAUCUGACCAACAACACCAACCAAGAGUUUGAGGGUCUGGGUGAUGUAAUACAUCAUCGUACAGACGGCAUUCCAUACAGCAGGAUGGACAGCGGUCAGCGGGGCAACCAGUACAGGCCGCUAAAGGUUCUCAAUACACAGAUUGUUAAGAAGGUGUUGGAUACACUGAAGGGACAUCAUGUUAUAGCUCGUGAUGAUGCUGAUGGUCACUACUACCCAGGAGUGGUGCUCAAGUGUCCAGAUGCCAGACAUGCUCUGGUGAAAUUUGCAAACAAGGAAGAAAAGCUGAUACCAACUCGAAUGGUGAUAGCAAGUAGUGGGGCCAUAUCUAGACCUAUCCUUAGGGCUGGUGACUAUGUGUUGGUACGGGUCCUGUUGGACAAAGCAGGGGGUGAGUGUUAUGUACCUGGUAUUGUACAGGUGCCCCCAGCCAGGAAUGAAGCCCAGGCCAAGUUCUACACUGUACUCAUGUAUAAUGGCCAACAGGCGACCACUUUGAGAAAACACCUUAUGAAGAUCAGCAAAUCAAGGUUUGAGUUUGCUAUCAAAUACAUUGCAGAAGUUCAGAACCAGGACAGAAAGAGAAUAGAAGAAAAGGUUUAUGUGACUCCGAGACGAGAGAAAGAAGACAGAAGUAGUCGCAAACGACACAGCUCCAAAAGUAGGUCACCCACACCUGACAAGAAAGAGUAUCUAGCUGCUGACAGACCUACAAACCCAACUCCGGAUAGUUAUCGUCACCAGGUCAAGCAGGACCUUCUCACUCCUCAAUCUCAAUUGUCCGCGGCAAGCUCCCCAGUUUUCAGUCAAAAAAAUACAUCAAGAUCAAAUUCAAGGUCACCACCAAGGCGAAGGUCGAGGUCACCAUCUUAUUCACGCUCCAGGUCACGCUCAAGCUCACGCUCAAGGUCACGUUCAAAGUCCAGGUCACCUUCACCUGUCAGGUCUCGGUCACCUACUCCAAUUAAGGAUAGGUCUAGGUCACGAUCGAAGUCAAGGUCAAGGUCAAGGUCAAGAUCCAGUUCCAGUUCAAAGAUGCAGAGGUCAAGAUCAAAGUCACCAGAUUCAAUACACCGCAAGAGAAGCAAAGAACGGCUGCGAAAAAAAUCACAGAAACUGAAGGCUCUUAAAAAGCAAUUACAAGAUCAACAAAAGGCCCACGCAGAACAGCAGGAGGAAAUUCAUAAACAAUCAAAGAUGCUGAAAAAAUUGAAGAAAAAGCUGAAAAAGUCUAAGAAAAAUGGAACAGUUCAAGGCCCCUACUCCACAAAAUCACAGGUCAUCGAAGUGGAACGAAGCGAGGAUUUUGAUUCUGAUGAUGAAAAGAAGUCAAGUAACACAGGUAAGGUCAAGGUGAAGUCUGGGCUGCUGGAACUGAGGAAAUCUCUCCCGGUGUUGAGGGAAGGAGAGGAGGUUCUUGCUCGCUGGUCGGACGAAGGCUGGUAUUUCAGAGGUAUAGUCCAGCAGGACUGUGGAGACCUAAGCUACAUCAUUGAGGACAGUACGCGGAUGUGUGAGAAGAUCUGGAGAGAGGAUAUCAUUACAGAUUACGAUGACGCCAAUCAGAUCAUACAGCCUAAGGAUGCUGUGGUAGCUCUCCACCCCAACUACAAUUUCAGCUACGCCCCAGGCAUCGUCCUUGAGGUGUAUCAAGAUUUACAUAUGAAAAUUCGAUUUUACGAUGGUGAGGAGUCAACCCUGCCACGCGAGGAGAUCUAUAAACUCACAAAUGAAAAGUUUGAGCAUGACGUGAACUAUAUCAUCGAAUGUGAGACUAGAUGGGUUGGACAGGCGGUGGUCGGGCGCAAUGACGAGAACGGAACAUAUCAUUUUGCAUCUGUGAAGGAGCGUGUAGGUAAUGGCCGUGAGUACAAUUUGGAGUGGUGUGAUGGUACGCUCUCACGUCAGAAAUCCAUCAAUAUAUUCGGAACGUUCACCAAACAUCAUCCUCUGGCAGUUGGUGAUCAUGUGUUGGCAAUGGUGGACAAUCACCAACAUGUUUACCUCCCUGGCUGGGUCGCAGGUAUCGUUGGCGACAAAGUCAACGUCAAAUUCUGCAACGGUGUCAUACAAAACGUAGAGGAUGUUCUUCAAUGUUUCUGGUUAAGUAGUCGUUACUAUGACUACGCUAAGGAAUACUACCUACAGCGUAACCCUGACAUCCCAUUACCACCACAAUGA